AUGGCAAAUUUCACUCCUGUUCGGCUUCCUAAGGUCGAGGAAGAUGAGGUGUACAAUAAGAACUACAUCCUCUACUGGAAUAAUGUCGGCUUAGACCUCAACCGUGUUACACACACCUUGGGAGGCCCUCAGACCGGUCCACCCAUCUCCGCCAGAGCUCUAGGCAUGCUUCAAUUGGCUAUCCACGAUGCCUACUUUACUAUCAAGCCCUCUGCCGACUUCACAACCUUCUUGACACCCAACGCCGAAAUCGACGCAUACCGUCUGCCCGAUCCGACUCAUUCGGACGAUGCCCGCCAGGCGGUAGCGGGAGCAGCAGUCACGAUGCUGUCGAUGCUUUACAUGAGGCCUGCGGAAAUGCCCAGACCCUCCCCCAUAUCCAAUGACACCUAUGCCCAGCUCGAGUAUAUUAUAGAAUCCUCGAUGACCAACGCACCCGGCGGCUGCAAUACGGUAUCCUACAGUUUCAACUUCGGCAAGGCAGUAGCCACUAAAUUCUUCGACCUGCUUUUCCACGAGGAAGGUGCCAAUCAACGUGGCUACACCCCCACAUUCGCUCCUUUCAAGUUCAACGAUGAACCCACUCAUCCUGUUGACCUUGUCCCCGAGGACGCCAACGAGCCCGGUGGUAACAUAGUUCCUAGACGCCAGUAUCAUGCCCCCUUCUAUGGUACGAGAGCCAAGCGCUUUGCGACACAGACUGAUCACAUUAUUGCCGAUCCACCAGGCAUUCGUUCCGGCGCUGGUGAGGUCACCGAAUAUGACGACGCUAUCCGUGAAGUUUACGCCAUGGGUGGAGCAGCCAGUCUCAACACUACCAAGCGCACUCCCCACCAGACAGUCCAAGGCAUGUUCUGGGCUUACGAUGGCGCAAAGUUGAUCGGUACACCACCGCGACUAUACAACCAGAUCAUACGCAAAAUCGCAGUGGCGUACAAGCAAGAAGAUAACCUGGCCGAAAGCGAGAUCAACAACGCCGACUUUGCUCGUCUCCUCGCUCUGGUGAACGUGGCUAUGGCUGAUGCAGGCAUCUUCUCCUGGAAGGAAAAGUGGCAGUUUGAGUUCUGGCGCCCGCUUUCCGGUGUCCGCGCCGAUAGUCUUCGUGACCCUAAACUUGUAGACCGUGGCGACCCAUUCUGGCUUACGCUCGGGGCUCCAGCUACAAACUCAGAUUCACUUCCCUUCAAGCCGCCCUUCCCCGCCUACCCCUCUGGUCACGCCACGUUCGGUGGUGCAGCCUUCCAGAUGGUACGCAAGUACUACAACGGGCGUCCUGGACUUGGUUCCUGGGCAGACGACGAGCCAGACAACAUCGCCGUCGAAUUUGUCUCUGAGGAACUGAAUGGAAUAAGCAGAGAUCUCCGCCAACCCCACGACCCCAAACGCGACAUUACCGACCAACCCGGUACCGUGCGUACCCGUCUCCCCCGCCACUUCUCUUCGUGCUGGGAGAUGAUGUUCGAAAACGCCGUCUCACGCAUCUUCCUAGGUGUGCACUGGCGCUUCGACGCUGCGGCCGCCAAGGACAUCUUGGUUCCCACGACGAAGAAGGAUGUCUACGCUGUAGACGACAAGGGCGCUUCUCUGUUCAAGAAUGUUGAGGAUAUUCGUUAUAGGACGAAGAGUACAAGGGAGGGAUUUGAGGGUAAAUACCCCAUUGGUGGUGUACCCCUGGGUAUUGAGAUCGCGAAUGAGAUUUUCGACAACGGACUCGUGCCUACGCCGCCGGAAUUGCAGCCUGUGGUGCAGGGUAUGCCGCAGCCUACACCGCAGCCUCCGCAGCAUCAGGGGCCACCAAGGAAGAUGGAGAAGUUGCCAAAGCCGAAGGAUGAGGAUCAGGUUCCUAUGAUGGAUGUGGAGCCCUAG